CCGAGCACGGUAUAAAUAGCGAGAACCAACAACGGUAGCGGCCACUGUUGUUGUUGUUAUUGUUAAGAUUGCUGUUGGUGUUAUCGCUGCGAUGAACCAAUUGGGGGUGCUGCUGGUCCCUCGCCUCGCCUGGAGGACCCCCAGGGCAGCGCUGCUGAGGCCGCUGUCGACGGCUGCCCCCACCGCUCUGCCCGUGCCCGACCCGAAGCCGAAAAUUCACUACAAGCAGAUCUUCAUCAACAACGAGUGGCGUGACGCACGUAGCGGGAAGACCUUCCCCACCAUCAACCCCGCCAACGGUGAUGUCAUCUGUCACGUGGCAGAGGGGGACAAGUUGGAUGUAGAUGACGCUGUGCUCGCCGCCCGCACGGCGUUCCGCCGCGGGUCCCCCUGGCGGAGGAUGGACGCCUCGGAGCGAGGAAACCUCCUCCACCGGCUGGCCGACCUCAUCGAGAGGGACCGCACCUACCUGGCGUGCCUGGAGACGCUGGACAACGGGAAGCCGUACUCCAACUCCUACAGCGUGGACCUGCACCUCGUCAUCGCGUGUCUACGCUACUACGCGGGUUGGGCUGACAAGGUGCACGGCCAGACGAUACCUGUGGACGGAGAUUACUUCUGUUACACACGCAGGGAGCCCGUGGGAGUGUGUGGGCAGAUCAUCCCGUGGAACUUUCCGCUGCUGAUGCAGGCGUGGAAGCUGGGCCCGGCGCUCGCCACGGGCAACACCGUGGUGAUGAAGGUGGCGGAGCAGACGCCACUCAGUGCUCUCUACGUGGCACAGCUCAUCGCAGAGGCCGGUUUCCCGCCGGGCGUGGUGAACAUCGUUCCGGGCUUCGGGCCAACGGCAGGAGCGGCCAUCGCGGCUCACCCCCUGGUGGACAAGGUGGCCUUCACCGGCUCCACCGAGGUAGGGCAACUAAUCCAAGAGGCAGCCGGGAGGAGCAACUUGAAGAAGGUCACCCUGGAGUUGGGAGGGAAGAGUCCCAACAUCAUCUUUGCCGAUGCCGACUUGGACACGGCCGUGGAGGAUUCCCACACGGCCAUCUUCUUCAACCAGGGCCAGUGCUGCUGUGCUGGCUCCCGGACCUUUGUGCAGUCGGCCGUCUACGACGAAUUUGUGGAGCGCAGCGUCCACAGGGCUCAGCGGGGCGCCUUGGGGGACCCCUUCAACCCCCUCACCCAGCACGGACCCCUCGUGGACGAGGUGCAGCUGGGCAAGGUGCUGGGCUUCGUGGAGAGGGGCCGUGCCGAGGGCGCCGGCCUUGUGUGUGGUGGGCGACGCUGGGGUGGUGGUGGUGCCGGUGGUGGUGGUGGUGGUGGUGCCGGUGGCGGUGCCGGUGGUGGUGCCGGCGGUGGUGCCGGCGGUGGUGCCAGCGGCUUUUUUGUGGAGCCCACCGUGUUCCGUGACGUCACCGACGGGAUGGAGAUCGCUCGCGAGGAGAUCUUCGGUCCGGUGAUGCAGCUGCUGCGCUUUGACGACGUGGAGGAGGUGGUGGAGCGAGCCAACGCCUCCCCCUACGGCCUCGCCGGCGCCGUCUUCACGCGCGACGUGGGGCUGGCACACCACGUGGCUCACGCCCUGCGGGCCGGCACCGUCUGGGUGAACUGCUACAAUGUGUUUGCCAGCCAGGCCCCGUUUGGGGGCUACAAGUUGUCUGGCUCCGGCCGUGAACUCGGCGAGUACGGCCUGGAGGCCUACACGGAGAUCAAGACGGUCACAACCAAAAUUAUGCAGAAGAACUCUUAAACCGGUGAACUAGACCAAGGUGGAUGCUGCCCCAGAACUCGGCUACACACACACACGGCUACACACACGGCUACACACACGGCUACACACACACACACGGCUACACACACACACACGGCUACACACACACACACGGCUAUACACACACACACGGCUAUACACACACACACGGCUAUACACACACACACGGCUAUACACACACACACGCGGCUAUACACACACACACGCGGCUAUACACACACACACGCGGCUACACACACACACGCGGCUACACACACACACACACGCGGCUACACACACACGCGGCUACACACACACACGCGGCUACACACACAGCUACACACUGCUUAAUCGCCAGCCUUAACUACUAAACUAGCCCCUAACCAGCGCUUGACUAGCGCUUGACCAGCACUUGCCCAGGGGCAGCCCUCCUCCGCCUGACCAGCAGCUCUGCCUGGCCCCGCGAGGAGGAAAGUGAUGACGAUGAAGAUGAUGUUUUUCUUGUUUCUAAGAUGUCAAAUGUUUAAACGGAUUAAAGGCAUCAAAAAAUA